AUGGGCGGCGGCCGCGGAGCAGGCGGGGGCAGAACUUCGUCCGGGGGUGGGGCGCGAGGGCUGAGGCUGGGGGCUGCCAAUCGCGCGCGCCCGGGCCCCAGUGCAGCUGGCGCGCCCGGGGCGCAUUGGCUGGCGCGCCGCGGCGCUGGGGAGAGCGCGCCGCUUUGGGCACUAGGGGUGGCCAGAGGGGUCAGCUGGCCGCCCGUCGGAGCUCGGCAGCGUGGGCUCCGGCAGCCUUGCGGAGGACCUGGGAUCUCCACCGGGAUCUAUUGUUCGGCUGAUCGAUCGCCUUCAGCAUCCGCCCUUAAACCCACCCCUUCCUCCGAACUCUCUGAGGCUAGGGAAGUGUUGGUUCAAAGGUUCGCCUACCAGGUGGAAGGAGACUUCUUCCCUGAACCUUCCCCCGGUGCUAAUGGGGAUACUAUGAGAACACUCUCCGACAUUGUGGGGAGCCCUUCACGCAUCCUAGAGCAAUCCUGUGAAAGAAGCAUUGGCUUUUCAAGGGAAGCAUUUUCAAGAAUUUCAAGGACAUCCAAGCCCAAUGUCACUCAGCUGGCAGAGUGGAGCAGCUUCAAAUACAGUUUUGUCUCAAACCUAGAGAGAAGAGCCAUCCCUUCAGUAAAUGAAUGUCACAUAGAACAAAGGAUUGCUGAGUGCUUGCUUUGCCCUGGUGUUGAUGACCAAAGUAAAUGAAGACAUGGUCUCUGAGCAUUAGAGCAUUCUGUCAUUGGUUAUUUAUGAAAAGGCUUCUGCCAGGCACAAGGUUGAAAAUAAGUACGGGCUAGAUCUCACGGUCUGUGGGUUCCAGCCCCACGUUGGGCUCUGUGCUGACAGCGCGGAGCCUGGAGCCUGCUUCGGAUUCUGUUGACUCCCUGUCUCUCUGCCCCUCCCCCGCUUGUGCUCGCUCGGGAGCGCGCGCUCUCUCUCUCUCUCAAAAAUAAGUAAACAUUAAAAAUUUAAAUAAAAUAAAAUAAAUGGUAGGAUUGGUUGAUUAGUUGAAUUCACAGUUUCCUCGUAAAUGAGAAGCGCAAGGCCUCCAGACUCCUACUAAUCAAGUGGUGCGUGCUGUACUGAGUCGAGUUUUUGUCACCUUCCCAGGCCCUCAGCUAGUAGAAAACAGCCGUCAUAGCCUAGCACGACACACUGCAGCAAAGCAUGGCCCCACCAGGGCUCAGUUGGUGUAACAGCCUCUCACCAUUUUAGAAGCAACUAUUAGAUCACUCAUUCAGUAUUCAGCACAUUUCUUUGUGUAUAUAUUAUGUCCCAGGUUAUUGUAGCCAAAUGAUUACUGGAAUUAAAUGGUGAGAAAGUUUUCAUUUAUCGAGCUAUUCAAAACAAUGCUUCUCUAUGAGUUUUGUUGAUUUCUGGAACUGAAGUUGACAUGAAAACACCAACCGUAAACAUUAUCUUUCUUAACCCCAUGUUUCAUGGAAUGGGGAGCUGAGAGCAGAGAAAUUAAGGGAUUUGCCCAGGAUAACCCAGCCAGUUACUGACAAGGAAUAGACCCAGCUCUCUUCAUAGCCAUACUAAAACAGAGGAGGAGAAGCAAGGUGGUAUGAGAUAAUGUUUUCAAACUUGUAUUUUAGCAGGAGAGUUUUUUUCAACCUUCAAAGAACUCUGACUUCUAGAAGAUAUCCAAGUGAAUCUGCUCUAAGUGGAAAAGAAGUGACCUUCUCAGCAUCUCCCUCCUUCCCAAAGUGGCUGUAUUUUU